CCCAACCUUGCGGAAGCCUCAGCGAUGCCUCUCUACGUAGCGGUCUCGCCGACGUUUGCCACGCAGGGGGGGGGGGUCGCUGGAUGAGCUGGUGAACUCGACGUUCUAUGCUGAGUCCAUGAUCAAAGACACUGGAACGGGCGUCACCAAGCACGCGACGACCCUUGGCCGCUUCGAAAAGGUCUUCGUCUUCAUGGUAGACCCCAAUUCUUUGCCCGGAGCGUCGCUCUACAGUUUCUUCAUUGCAUGUGCAGCCUUCACCAGUUGCUUCAUCCUAUUCCUACAAACGCUGGCCGGUCCGAACCACCAUAAUUUUGAGCCUGAGUACCCGAAACUUCCCAACGUGAGCGGCUACUAUGACGCAGACUUGGUCUUUACAAUCAUUUUCGCCCCGGAACUACUCGUUCGCCUCGUCAUUUGGCCAUCUAUGUGGCGCGAACAUGAAUACCUCACCGAGCGACGUCUGAAGCCAUUUCUGCGCGACUUUUUUCAACUGGCUCGAUGUCGCUGCCAUCGUCCCAUUCUACACCGACCUCAUCUUCGUACUCCGACGAAAGGCAACGUGGCAAGCCGCUGCUUCGCUGUCAUGAUUAUCAUGUCUGGUACGCUCUUCUUGUCCAUGCCUCUCGCUAUUAUCGAAACAGGGUUCGAUAGCGCUUGGAAGCAGCACGCAGAGAGUGUCAAGAAGCUCCAGCAACUUCAAGCAGGGUGCCUGUGGCAAGGGACUAUAAUGUCGUGGCUGCUUUCGCUGGCGAGAUGA